AUGCAAGCACAUUCCAAACCGAAAGUCGCUUACUUCCAUCAUAAAGACGCUGGGAGCUUUCAUUAUGGAGUAUGGCAAGGAAAAGGCCAUCCGAUGAAACCCCAUCGUCUCACUUUAACAAACGAUCUCGUUAUUAACUAUGAACUUCACAAACGCAUGGAAGUUUACUGUCCCCCGAUGGCUACUGAAGAACAGCUCUUGGAAUUUCAUGAAGCAGAUUACAUAGAGUUUCUCAAGAGAGCUUCUUCUGUUGCUUAUACGUGCCCUGAUCAAAAUGUCUAUCAGCAUAGAUAUAACGUAAGCGACGAUUGCCCGUUAUUCGAUGGGUUGUAUGAUUUCUGUCGCAUUUAUUCUGGAUCCUCGAUUGCCGCUGCUAAUAAACUGUGUCAGGGGCAAGCAGAUAUUUGUGUUAAUUGGAGUGGUGGACUGCACCAUGCUAAGAGUUAUGAAGCUUCGGGCUUUUGUUAUAUCAACGAUAUUGUGUUGGCCAUUAGACAUUUGUUAAGAUAUUAUCCACGCGUGUUAUACAUUGACAUUGAUAUUCACCACGGAGAUGGCGUUCAAGAAGCUUUCUACACAACAGACCGCGUAAUGACGGUUUCUUUUCACAAAUACGACGGCGAGUAUUUUCCCGGUACUGGCGACCUCAAUGAAAUAGGUUGUGGUCUCGGUAAAUACUUUUGCGUCAAUGUUCCCCUCAAAGACGGAGUCGAUGAUGACAGCUAUGUGACGCUUUUCAAAGAUGUGAUGACCCAAGUCAAUGAACGUUAUAAACCAUCAACAGUUGUGCUUCAAUGUGGCGCAGAUUCAUUAGGGCUCGACAGACUCGGAGCAUUCAAUUUGUCAAUUAGGGCUCACGGAGAGUGUGUACGGUUUAUCAAAUCUUGGGGAUUGCCAUUGCUAGUGCUUGGCGGCGGCGGGUAUACUAUUCAGAACGUUGCUAGAUGCUGGACCUAUGAGACGAGUAUUUUGGUUGAUGCUGAGUUACCAGACGAGAUACCGGCGAAUAGCAGAUGGUUGCCAGUGUUUAUGCCCGAUUUUAAAUUGCAUCCGGAUUUAGUGCGUAAGAUGGAUAAUCAAAAUACAAAAAAUGAUUUGGGAAGGAUAAAGACCACUAUAUCAGAACAAUUGAGAUAUUUGGAGGGAGCACCAAGUGUACAGAUGCAAGAGAUUCCUGGAGGAUUACAAGAAUUCUUAGAGAAGAUUGAGGAGGAAGCAAAGGAUGCAAACGAGGAGAAUAACAGCGAUGUAAGAGUAAAGAGGCGUACAUUGAUCAAUAUUGAUUGA